GUGUGUGUGUGUGUGUGUGUGUGUGUGUGUGUGUGUGUCACCAAGUAUGGGCCAGAGCCACGGCUGUGGACUCUCAAGUUGGCAGCUAUGCGCAAUGCUCAAGGACAAUGGGCAGAGGUGGCGUCUGUACACGGCCAUCGUGGAAGGCGACUGCGUGGCCGUGGAACAGAGCGCUAGCAUGUCGCCAAAGCUUGUGACCAAGGCGCUCUUCUUUCACAGCCGCCUCACUCCGCUGCACGUCGCGGCCAUGGCGGGCCAAGUCGACGUAGCUGCACUGCUCAUCCACAAGGGAGCCAGCGUCAACUGUAGCAGCUGCAAUGGAGGACAGACUCCGCUCAUGCUCGCCUCCAAGUCGGGAAAGCACGACUGCGUCGAUUAUCUCCUACAGCAUGGCGCGAAUGUGCUCUUGUUUGACACAUCUCAUUCCAGAACCUGCCUCCACUACGCUGCUAAAGCCGGUCACGUCGAAUGCAUCCACAGGAUUCUGUUGGCAGCGAAAUGUGCUCCAGUUGCCGAGUCGUGGAAAUUCGUCAGGUUUGUCAACACGAGGGACUCCAAAGGUAUCACGGCACUACACCUAGCCGCCAGGGGAGGCUAUGUGAGGGCGCUUCAGCUGCUGCUCGACAGUGGAGCUCUGGUUUCUGCCACCACCAGCAACACUGGCAAUGGGUCCGGCCACGGAAGCACCCCGCUGCAUUUUGCUGCUCGUGGGGGCUCUCUAGAGACUGUGCAAGAGCUACUCGCCUGGGGAGCCGAUCGCAGCCAGAGAGAUGUUACCGGCUACACUGCUUACGGGAUUGCCAGAAAGCACAACAACGCGUCCUGCACAGCGCUCUUGGAUCCGAGCGUUGCAGAGCCUUUGGUGUGGCCAUCGCCGUGCAAGUUCAUGAAUGCUUUGGAUACAAACACCCGGAGCUUACUCGAGAAGGUGCUGGAGCAGGCCAACCAGGCGAGGGGGCGGGCUCCCAGAAAGAGUGCUGCUGAGAGUGAGAUCGUCAAUGCCAUCAUGACUGAUGACGACCAACAAUUGGAGCAAGACAAGAAGGCCAGCACAGACAGCUGCUGCUGCAUCUGUUUCGAGCACCGGUGCAACAUCGAGCUUCACAAGUGUGGCCACCAAAUGUGCGCGAGUUGCAUCCUCACGCUCUGCUGCCACAACAAGCCCAACCCCGCCAUGCCAUUCUCUCCGCCGCCAGCAUGCCCCUUCUGCAGGACGCCUAUAGAGCGCAUAACUCUCGUGAGCCAGGUCGCAUACUAGUAGCAAGUGAGCUUGGGGUGCUGGUCACGAAAGGUGGCGGACAUUCUGUCCCAGAUGGAGCGAUUGAAGCGGGGGUCGAGGUGGCGGAUGUAGUGGUGCCGUGGCCGCUGAGCCAGAGGUGUGAGUAGCACACCCAGGGACGCGGGGACGUAGAGCCAGGCAGGCAAGCGGUAGCCACAGUGUCCCAUCAGGUCUACAUUGUUCAUGGACCACAUGAGGAACAAGAUUGCGAGCGGAUCCCACUGCGGCAAGCGGUAAAGCCAGAGGGUGACGAGGGAGUAGAAAGUGGUGAUGCAGCAUGCGAUCUCCAGGGCGUCGCCGUAGGCGGUGCCAAAGACGGUGAGUUCGCCACUGUUGUCGUGGUGCCGCCUGUGGAUCCUCCGGUAUGCGCUCUUGGAGCGGUGGAGGAGCGUGUGCACCAGCCAAGAGUGUGCGUCGUGAAGAACCAUGACAGUCCAGGUGAAGAGGAAGCUGCCACAAAUGUCCCACGAGAAAUGGCAUCGCUCCAAGAAACCUUUCCUGAAACACUGAACCAAGUUACAGACCGUGAAGGCACUAUGACCGUCACCUGGCCAAGAACACCAUCGCAACCACGGGCAUGGGCGGCAGAGCAACAGCCCAGAAGCUCUCCAUUCUGUAGCCGGCGCUCUCGGUGCUCACUGGAAUUGAUGCUGUAAGCCUCUCCA